AUGACUUCCUCGCAGCCAUACUACACUCUCGCCGAAGGCGUCCCUUUGCCACGUAACGAUACCAUUCAACAACUAUCGACGGGAUCCGGGGGUGGUCAUGUCCUGCUCACAAGCACACAGCUCCUUGAGAAUCUGGCACAUUUCUCUCGUGAACGAAUCCCAGAGCGUACAGUUCACGCAAAGGCGUCCUCUGCACGAGGCUACUUCGAGGUUACAGAUGAUGUAUCAGACAUAACGGAUGCAGAUUUCCUCAACGGCAUUGGGAAGAAAUGUGAGGUCUUGAUGAGAAUCUCAACAGUUGGGCCUGAGCGUGGGUCGGCGGACACUGUUCGAGAUUUUCGAGGCUUCGCUGUCAAGUUCAAAACCAACGAAGGAAAUCAGGACUUUGUCUUCAAUAACCAGCCAGUGUUCUUUGUUCGCGAUCCUGUCAAAUUUCCCUCGUUGAAUCGAAGCCAUAAGAGACACCCGACAACGAAUGCGUCGAAUGCCGAUAUGUUUUGGGACUUUCAUGUCAAUAAUCAGGAGAGUAUCCAUGCCCUUAUGUUCUUGUUCGGUGACAGGGGUCUUCCAUCAUCCGUUCGUCACGUCAACGGCUACAGUGGUAACACCUACAAAUUCACAAAAGACAAUGGUACCUCAUCCGUGUAUGCACGGAUCACAUUCAAGACCAAUCAAGGAAUACACUACUAUACCAACGCCGAGGGUGCCAAAUUCGCCGGUACAGCGCCGGACAAACAUAUUCUCGAUCUCCAGGAUUCUAUCAAAGCCGGAGACUUCCCUUCAUGGGAUGUGUACAUCCAAGUGAUCCGCCCUGAGGACAUCGAGAAGGCGCCCAUCAACAUCUUCGACAUGACCAAAGUGUGGCCAAAGAAGCUCUACCCGUUGCGAAAGAUGGGGCGCGUCACUCUGGACAAGAACCCCAAGAACUGGUUUGCUGAGGUCGAACAGGCGGCCUUUUCUCCAAGUAACAUGGUCCCAGGGAUCGGUCCCAGCCCUGACCCGAUGCUGCAGGCCAGAAUGUUCGCCUAUCCAGAUGCGGCUCGAUAUCGACUAGGUGUCAACUAUCAAUUUCUCCCGACCAACGCCCCAACCAGCAAAGUCUACUGCCCAAUCGAGCGGGAUGGGUUCAUGAAUUUCACUCAGAACUACGGAGGUGAUCCCAACUAUAUAGGCACGCAGAUCAAACCAAACAGGUUCACUACAAGGACCAGCUCGGAGCCGACAAGCGAAGUUGAGGCACUUUCGUUAUCGUCCAAAGCGAAGACCGCAGACCAAGUCCAAGUCACCUUGCCGGUCUCGGCGUUCACGGAAGUAACGGACAAAGACUUCGAUCAGGCAAUUGCUCUGUGGAAAAUCAUGGGCACACAGGAUGGUGCUCAAGACCGUUUCGUCAACAAUCUGGCUGGACAUGUGAGUGGCGUUGAAACCAAGUGGAUCAGAGAGAAAGUCUACGAAAUGUUCUCAAAAGUCGAUAAGAAUCUGGGUGACAAACUCAAGAAGGUAACGGAGGGGAAAAUCGCUGGUGAUCAUGCCCAUGUCCAUAAGACCGCAUGGCAUUAGGGACAAACCAUGUUCGUACU